UUUGACGUUUUAUAAUAUAUUUUCUUUGUGUUCGUGAAGUAAAUAUUUAUUACCCUUUAAAUAAAUUUCUUUCGUAUCAUGAGUGACGUACAAAGUGUUUUUAAACAACAUUCUAUAGUGCCCGAUGUAUUGACUAUAGCUCCCUCUGAAUUAUUGAAUAUUCAGUAUCCAAGUGGAGUGUCUGUUGAUAUGGCUAAAGAAUUAACACCUACUCAAGUAAAAGAUAAACCUAGUGUUAAAUGGGCAGCUAAAGAUUCUGAAUACUAUACCCUUGCUUUAGUAGAUCCAGAUGCUCCGAGUAGAGAAAAUCCCAAGUUCAGAGAGUGGCAUCACUGGCUAGUUGGGAAUAUUUUUGGCAGUGACACUAACAAAGGUGAAACUUUAUCUGAUUAUAUUGGAUCUGGACCGCCAAAAGGUACUGGAUUGCAUCGCUAUGUAUUUUUGCUAUUCAAGCAACAGGAUAAAUGUGAUUUUUCUAAAGUACCUAAGCUGCUUAGUAAUUCAGGUGAUAAAAGAGGAAAAUUUUCUAUUAGCAAGUUCGCCCAAGAGUUUAAGUUGGGUACACCAGUGGCAGGAAAUUUCUAUGUCGCUAAAUAUGAUGACUACGUACCGAAGCUGUACGCAAAAUUAAAAGGAUAAUAAUAG